AAACAACAAAGGGAUUAGUUUCUGUUGAUCAUCAAUGAUCAGUUAUUAGUAUCGGUAUAAGUUACAUUUGCUCCCUUGUUUUCUUUUGUGCCAAUCUGAACCGUGAGUUUUAUAGUAACUGAGACUAAUGACUCUCCACCGUUGGUGUCUCCUGUGUUCAGGUGUCCCUGAAGUUCUCCUCUCUCCAGGAGCUUCCAGCGGAGAAGACCACGCUCAGUCUGAAGGCUCACUCAGGCUCCAUGUGCUCCGUCAGGGCCAUCGACCAGAGCGUCCUGCUGCUGCAGCCGGAGCAGGAGCUCACCAUCGACUCUGUGUACAGCCGGCUGCCUCUACAGAAGCUGUCGGGAUACUCCUACGAGGUGGAAGACUCUGAGCCGUAUCCCUGCAUCCCUGAGCCAAUACCCGAACCACAACCGGAGAUUGUCGAUGCAGCCGGUCGAGCGAAGCGCUCGGUCUACUUUGGACCGACCAAUCAGAAGAAUGAUGUCUACAGCAUCUUUAAAGAAAUAGGAAUCAAAAUUGUGACCAACUCUGAUGUGAAGAAACCUCAUAACUGCCAUAAAAUGGUCCCUGAAAUGUUAUACUAUGACUCCGACUACGUAGACUCUCCGAUCCCCAUGGCCAACAAGAUGUCACAGAGCUCAGGUGGUCUGCUGACAGGUAAAGAGGAGGAGGAGGAGGAGAAGAAGAAGAAGGAGACCGUCAGGACAUUCUUCCCUGAGACCUGGAUCUGGGACCUAGUUCCUGUUGGGUAAUCAAGGAUCAAAUCAUCAAUAUACGCUUUUCUUAUUUUCAGACAUUUGUGCAUUUUGAACUCUGACGGAGUUCAGAAAGCGUUGAGUUUCUUCAUAUCAUUCCAGACAUUCUUAAUUUUCAAUAAUUAAUAAUAAUUUCAUAAUUGUUUCACUAAAAUAUUUCCCAUGAAGUGAUGUAGUCACGCUAGCAGCAUGGAUUUAGGUAUGGCGAUGUCGGACAGUUACUGCCACACAUUCUGCAAAACGUCAUGGAGAUCCACCCAACAGCUGUUGAGAUACUUCAGUCACACGUUCAUGGUUCCCAGAGGCGACCAUGAACGCGGACCCACUGACUGUUCUUCAAGCACCACGAGGGGGUUGAUGGUUUCUUUAGCUUUUACUGAAAGAUCUUGCUAACUGUGCGAAAGUUCCUAGCAAUCCAUCAAACAGACAUUCAUCCAGUGGAUAAACCAUCGGGUCAAUAUUCAAAUGUAUCUCAUACUUUGGUUUAUGAUGAAAUACCUGCAAAUCCUAUGACAUAAGCCAGACGAAGCAUCUUAAUGACUUUAAUAUUCUGGCUUUUAGCACCAGAAUGAGGUUAACAUUCGUGGUUUUGACCGAAUAUCUCGACAACUGGCUCAGCCGCCGCAAUGUUUAUAGCCGAGUGGAGACAAUCCCACAAUCAUAGAUGAGCAGAUGGUAUGUUUACCAUGUUCGCAAUCAUAAUUUAUACAUUCUAAAUUCCAAAUUCAAAGCUUUGCAUUUGCUCAUUGACAUUGAGCAUCAUUAGCAUGCUGAUGUUUGAGUUUACAAGUUGUGUUUGGGUCCAGGAAUAUAAGUUUUUUUUUCCACCACUAAAGACCGUCUUUAAUCCCUGCUAGCGGUAUCUCCAGCUGCAGAAUUAGCUAUGUAUGCUAGUGCACCUUCAGUAAUAAGCCAACGUCAAACCAGGGCGAGUGAAGUCAAAGCUUCAUGUGUUAAAGCUGCAUUCUCU